AUGGCUCGAACCAAGCAGACGGCGAGGGCUUCCACUGGCGGGAAGGCACCACGCUGCGCUAUCGCCACUAGGGCCGCCCGCCGUUCAGUGGGCGUGUGGCGACAGAACGGCCAGGACGUCACCGAAAGGGUGUCUCAUGGCGUGAAUUGCCCCUUCAUCGACUUCGAAGACCUAAGUAAUGCCGAACAUCUCCCUGACCUUUGGAAGCACGCGGGACGUUCCGACGUCUCCGCGCUUCGGUACCAAGUAGGAGAUAGUUCUUUCCGAAUCAAAUAUAAGGAAGUAGGCAACCGGGCGUCCGUCGUAGCGGCCGUAUCUGCCGCCGGGGCCCGGCUUCUCUUCGGGGCCCAUGUGUUGGCCUUCGUAUCGGCCCGCCUCGCUCGCAAGGCAUGGUUCACCUCCGACCGCUGCUACCGGCUGGGGCUCACCGAGAGCCACAGCGACGGGACGGAGUACACCUGCUGCAACGACCCAGAGUGGGUCGUCGAAUUUGUUUGGUGCUCUGAUGGCGGUAACGGCGAGGUCAAGGGUUGCUACUACGCCGUCGGAGAGGGGAGUCCAGAGAAGCACAUGAUACUUCUCUACACGAUGACCUUCGAUCGCGUGCCCUCUGCGAACGGCACCGCCCGCCAGGGCUUCAACGUUAAGGAAGAGUACUCUUCCUUCGGUAAGGAGUGCUCAACGCGUAUGGACGCUAUUCUGGCUAUCGACAAUUGGUGUAGCCAGAAUAGAGGGAAGAGGAAGCGAGUGAACUUUGCUAUGUCACGCGACGUCUCCCCACUCGCUUCCCGGUACCUUUGCACGUCCCGGACCGUAGCGUUCCAAGACAAUACCGUCUUGGGCAUCCGGUCUGCGGUUUGCAACGCAAUGUUCCUUGUCGUUGGUCGCGGUGCUGCUGACCGCCUAUGGGUGGCGGAAGCGGCCCGAGUCGCCGCGUUCGAGGGUCAGUUGGACUAUUCCCCGAGCGUGCACCACUUUACGCACAUUCAGAGGGUAAUCCGAGCAGAUCACCACGGAACAGUUUCUCUUGAUCAUGUGGCCCCACCGCCGGGGGCUUUCAUCCAAGGGAGAUCCAGCUCCAGACUCCCUCUGUGGCGCAGCUCUGCUGUUAGCUGGUUAUUUCGUCUGCCGCGGGAGCAAGCGGGUGUCUACGUUCUUCGCAUCACCGACGUUAACCAUCUCCAACACGCUGUCUGCAUAGACACACGGACGGAACCGGCGCUGAUCUACGAUUGUGCAGAACGUUUUGCCAUGCAGCUCAAGGACACUUCUCUUCGCUUGUGCUGUCCCGCCGCCGAUCCGACAAAGUUCCAGUACUUCGAUGAUGUGCGUCUCUUGCGCCGAACAACCCGGCAGCGUAGAGACGCCAAUCAGAGUCCCAGCCGGGAGAGGAAAUCCAAAAAGGUUCGCCGAGGAAAUCGUGGCCCCAAAUCCGCCCAUGGCAAGGUAAUUUCCGUGCGUAGGGGUUCUUCAAGCAGCAAACACUGA